AUGUUGAGUCUCUAGAGAUGGCUAAAGUAAUAGCACAGGAGACCUUUGAUGAUGUUGUCAAGGAAAACAUGACAGAGUUUGAGAUGAGUGCAGAUGAGGCAGUCAAAGAUGCAGUGGAGCAGUUCCAGUCUCAGGGUGUAAAUCUUAUGAACAUUGUUCAGGAUCCCACAUUGUAUGAUGCUAAUGGUGAAAAGAAAGAGCUCCCUGUGGUCUCAGUUCUUAACAACCUUAGUGCCUCUAUAUCAAAAAAUAAUGAAAAAGAGAUAAUAAGUGAUCUUGUCAAACUGAAACUAGAGUGUGACAAAGAUAUAGCUGUGAGAUGUAUAGCAGGCAAAGAUGGUGCCUAUGAUGUUCUUAUAAGAACACUGGAAAACAACAAGAACAAUAUAAAUCUUCUCAAACAGACUUUGAUAUCUCUGAUAUCAUUGACCAAUGGACAACCAGAUUUAUUAGAUAAAAAAGGAAAGGAACUCUUUUUAGAAUUAUUAGAGAUGUAUUCAUCAAACCCUGAAAUUUUAGAACCGGUUCUCUUGUUUAUUAGAAAUAGCUGUAUUAAACAUGAGGAGAACAGACAAUCAUAUGUUAAGUUAGGUUUGAUAGAAAAGUUAGCUUCAACCUUGAAGACUCAGCGCAGUCAUCCAACAGUUGUCAUGGCGACUUGUCAAGUGUUGCAGGUCUUAACGUUUGAUGAUGAUAUCAGAGUUCCAUUUGGUCAGGCACAUGAACAUGCCAAGAUGAUAGUAACAGAAGGGAACGCAUUGAAAAUCAUCGUAGAUCUGUGCAAAGAGUUCACAGACAAACCUGAGGUUAUGAGUGAGCUGUUUGCUACGGUCAGUAAACUGGUGGUCAGGGAUGAGUUCUGUCAGGCCGUGAUGGACAUGGGAGGUAUUGACCUCAUUCUGUCUGCAUUCCAGGACAGCAUUGCCAACAAGGAAAUUGCCAAACAGGCCUUAAGUGUAACAAAAGCUCUGGCAGGAAAUGACAAAGUGAAAGAAACUGUGGUCCAGAAUGGAGGAGUUGAGGUUAUUCUGGGUGCUAUGAUGAAGCAUCAAGCAAACCAGAAGAUAGCAGAGCUCGGGACAGCUACAAUAGCUGCCCUUGUACUAAGAAACCCAAGUAACUGUAAAAGAGUAAUAGAGCUAAAUGGACAUCAGGUUACACUACAGGCCAUGAAAAUCCACAGCCAGGACGCUAAUGUACAGAAGCAAAGUUGUAUGGCCAUCAGAAACCUGGUCUCCAGAACUCGGGAAUAUUGUGACAGGUUUCUGGAGCUGGGAGCUGAAUCGUUGAUACAGGAAGCCCAGAGAAAUCAUAAGUCCUGCCAGGAUGAGGCAAAAGCUGCCCUGAGGGAUCUAGGCUGUGAGGUCCAUCUAGAGGAGAGGUGGAAAGGGGAGAAGCAGGGACUAGCAAAAUAAUAUUGUGUCCAGGCUAUAAACUUUAUUAUUUUCAGUAUCUGACAUAAUAUAUGUAUACACUAUGGUACACUAUUCUCAU